AUGGGAAUCUGGAUCGAUUCUCUCCCAGGGAAACUCCACAAACCUUCCCUCUGGGCCAUACCAAGUCCCACCAUCCCUGUGGGGUCACCUGUGAGUAUACACUGUCGGGGUCCACCUGGAGCCCGCCUGUACUACGUGGAGAAGGCGGGCAGACCAGAGUCUUUGCUGAAGACUCACCAGCCUUGGCCUCGGAAUGAAGUUUCAUUUUUCAUCUCUGCCGUGACGCCACUCAACGCCGGGCCUUACCGCUGCUCCUACCAACUGUUGGCUCAAUGGUCAGAGCCCAGCGAUGUCCUGGAGCUAAUGCCCAGAGGGGUCCCCCCAAGGGAACCCCACUUGCAGAUGGAGCUGGGCAGCUCCACAGCUCUGGCUGAGCCGGGGCCCAAGGCUGAGCUGGGCCCCAAGGCUAAGCUGGGCCCCACGGCUGAGCCGAGCCCCACUGUGGAUGGAGGCCCCAGUGGGCCAGAAGCAGUAGCUGAGUCCACCCUCCAGGAUUACACGAGGCCCAAUCUCCUCCGGGUGGGUCUGGCUUGUCUGGUCCUGGCAGUUCUGUGGGUUCUGCUGAUUUGUUCUGGCUGCAGGGAUGUGUCCCCCCCUCCCCCACUCUGGCAGCCUCUGCCCUCAACAUCAAGGACCCUCCCAUUUUCUCAGCAGAGACAUCCUGGGAUAUCUUCUUCCUGCCUGGGGAGGCUGCGCCAGCCUCUUGUGCUCACGGCUGAGGAGGAUUUUCUCAUUGGGAAUGCCCCAUACCAGCUUGGAUUUAGCCCCAAAGAACCCCUAAUCCCUACCUCACCUCUCUUCCAGGUAGCACGCUGAGGUCAAAGGUUUGCCAAACCCUUUUCAGGUGUUCCCUCCUGCAUCAUUCUGACCAACUGCUGGGUCCAGUCUUGUGCUGACUCUAAUCUGUCCCUCCUGAUGUACCUUUGCCACCUUGUGCUCCCAUCAGGGAGCACUGGACAUUUCACUGCUCCCCUCCCAACCCCUCCCCCUCAAUGCUUGGACAUGAUUAUGGAUCUACUUGAGAUAGUUUAUUCUUCUGUGUGAAUGUGAUUUCCCCUCAAUAGAGGUAAGCUUC